AUGGACGAUAAUCACCAUGAAAUAUUAUCCCUCAGAUCUUUGAAUUUGAUAUUUGCAAGAUUCAACGCCGUUUUGUUCAAAAAUACCCUUCCGCAAUACACAAAGAUCCUUCGAAAAAAUGACAAUGACUUGAUUCUCACACCGGGAUUAUCCCUCCCUCUCAAAGCGAGAUUGUCAUUAGGUACGUUCGCUAUCACAGCUAGAAUCACCCAUAGUCCUACCCACAAGAUUGAUCGCACCAUGCCACCCCAGAUAUUCCUUCCUUCUAGGGGUACGUUCUCUAUCAACAGCAGUCCCGGAGAUGACGUGAGCGCUCUCCUAGAAGCAGCGAUCGGUUUGUACCUACAAUGGUACAGCUGCCAAAAUCCCAGCUGUAUAAAUCAUAUCACUGCUUGUGGGAAAGCCUACAGAGGACACGCAUGGCAGAAAAUUGCCAACCUGUUGGAGAAAUUUGAGAUGAUGAGCGAUAUGCAGAAUUUGAUUGGUUCGCAGGUGCGUUUGAGAAGACAUGAGGAGUUUGUUAGGGAAUUGAGCUAUUGGGAUAGGCCAAGACUGUUGGUAUCUUUGGGUUUGAUAAGGGAAUUGGGGUUGGUGGCGUGGACUGUGGAGGAUUUCGUGUAUGCUGCGGAGGAGGAACGGAGAAAGAGAGUUACUUCGAAGUCAGAAGAAAGGAGUGAGGAGUUUGAUAGCGGAGUGAUAGAUAUCGACGCCCAGAGGAAGCACAACAAAACACAUGCUCCUUUUUCUAGGGGAACUAGGAUUUGUCUUGGCAUGAAUCUCGCAUGGGCUGAGAUGUAUUUGCUACUUGCCGCUCUUGUUCAGAGAUUUGAUUUCCAAUUUGAGGGGGCUACCUCAAAGGACUUUGAAUGUGAGAGUGAUCAAUUUAUCAUUGGGACUAGUGGAAAGGGCGUUUUGAACGCUGUUGUUGCUUCUUGUAGAUAA